GAGAUCAGAAUACGUCAAUGGCGGCACUUAUUUUCUGGAAUAUUUCCAAGGCGAUGGAAAGCAACCCAUACAUUAAUUUAAAGGAAUCUCUAAGAGCAGUUCAAAAAAAUCUGCAGAGCAAUGAGUACGACGUGAACACGAUUAUCUCGCAACAACCUGUAGAGCGGCACUUGGCGUGCGCCUACCUCGCGUGGCAACAGAUCGGUCACUCUAACGCCGACAGUCUUUACAACUUAAUUUUAUCGCGAACCGCGAACGAAUGCUGUACGUCAAAAGAUCUGGACAAAGAUUUUGAGCAGAACAAGGGUACCGAGAAGACCAAAGUGUCGUUUACAUCUAAAGAUGUCGCAGCGGAGAAAAAAGAAUCCCAUUUUUCAAGAAAAGAUAUUCCAAAAUGCGAGAACAAUACCUGUGUGGGACCUGUGGUUAAAUUGCCCGUGGACGCAAAAAUCGUCAUGCGAGUAGACGGAUCUCUAAUAGGAAACUGUUGUGCAAAAAAAGCGUCUAAUAAAGAUUCAUCAACAAGCAGUAAGCAGCCUAAAAUAAAUGAAGACUUACAGGCAAAAAUUGAUCAGGCCUGUUGUCUAGAUUUAGCAUGCAAUUCGCGUCUUUCGGCGCUGGACCAAUCGACAAAGGAAUUGCGCACGCGCGCCGCAAAGUUGGCACAACGUGAGGCCGAGCGAGUCGAGCUCCUGGAGCGGGCUGAGGGCGCUUGGCGUCAACUCGAAGUUGGCUAUCAGCGGCGUCUGCGUGUAGCGCUCGAGAAGGAGCAGGAUGCCACCCGACAAAUUAAGAAAUUAAUUUGCGAUAGGAAUUGUUUUAAAGAAACAACCAUGGUGCUUGUAGCGCAGAUUAAAGACUAUGCUAUAAAGGUGGAUGUUUCGAGGAAGAGUCUUGAGGACGUUGAAAAGACGUUCUGUGCGGUCGGCUUAGAUCGGUUGAAAUACAACGACGAGUCGACAAAAGUUGAUACCAUGCUCGCCGAAGAGCAGUGCAAAGCCUCACAGUUGGACCGAGACCUUCUAUUCAAAGAAGAGCAGGCUAGACGGCGAGUGUUGCAACUGGAGAGCGAGUUGGAUUCUAGGCGCGCGCUGUUGUGCGAAGCGCAACGUGCAAUGCGUGCUGAGCUCAAUGGUCUUCGUGAUCAGUUGAAAAACGUUUCUAAGGAAUUUAACGACGCAGAGGCUGACAUUGAAAGGAUAAAGAAAGAGGUAGGUACACCAUAA